AUGAUCAGAGUAGGAAGUGUGGUGUCUUCUUUGGCACCACGUUUGAACCAUAUAAAUCGAUCUGCCGUCCGAUUUUUGGUAUCGUCGUCUUCGGCACACCAUUUUGGUCGGUCAAAUAUUAUAUUAAGGCCUAGCAUCGUAAAUGGAAUUCGCUCUAGUGUUCGUUUCGUUUCCGACAGCACAUUAAAUUUGUUGAAAAGGCAGGAACUGGCGGCCAACAACGAUUUGGGAAAUGCCGAGUCUCAAGCCGAGUUUUAUAAAUCGCUUUUGAUGAAUAAUUAUCCUCAUUUGGUGGUCCAAAGAUACGAAACUCCGGGUAUCGCAUCGUCGCCGGAAUGUACUGCUUUGUAUGUUGAAGCAUUGAACAAGACGGGAAAGAAGGCCAAGGCAUCUCAGGUUGGCGCAUCGAGUGGUUUGGUGACUGCUUCGGCUGGACUUCCGCAUGGGUUUGGUUCGAAGUAUGAGCCUGUUCAUGUGGUGGUUUCCGAGUCCCCGUUGUCGAUUAUUUCCAAAUGGCUCAAGUGGUUGAUACCGGUUGCGCUCCUUACGUACGGAGCGAUGAACGCGUUCAACUACUUGGUGGAAAACGGCACUAUUUUCAAGAACUCCGAUGUCGCCGACAAGCUGGUUGAUGUUAGCGAGCUGACGGUGAGAUUCGAGGAUGUGUGUGGAUGUGACGAAGCUCGUGCCGAGUUGGAAGAGAUUGUUGACUUUUUGAAGGAUCCAGCAAGAUACACUGGCUUGGGUGGUAAGUUGCCUAAGGGUGUUCUUCUUACUGGUCCUCCUGGUACGGGUAAGACCUUGUUAGCGCGGGCCACUGCCGGUGAAGCGGGUGUUCCAUUUUUCUUCAUGUCUGGGUCUGAAUUUGACGAAUUGUACGUCGGUGUUGGAGCAAAGAGAAUCAGAGAAUUGUUUGGUCAAGCCAGAGAAAAGUCGCCUGCCAUCAUUUUCAUCGAUGAAUUGGAUGCGAUUGGAGGAAAGAGGAACCCAAAAGACCAGGCAUAUGCUAAACAGACUCUUAACCAGUUGUUGGUUGAGUUGGAUGGAUUUUCACAGACUUCUGGUAUCAUCAUCAUUGGUGCAACUAAUUUCCCCGAAUCGUUGGAUAAGGCACUCACUCGUCCUGGAAGAUUUGACAAGGAGGUUGUUGUGGAUUUGCCGGAUGUACGUGGACGAGUGGACAUUCUCAAGCAUCACAUGAAGAAUGUGGAGGUGUCGGAAGACGUUGAACCAUCGAUUAUUGCUCGUGGAACCCCGGGACUCUCUGGAGCCGAGCUCAUGAAUCUUGUUAACCAAGCGGCCGUUCACGCCUCACAAUUGUCUGCUCCUGCCGUGGACAUGUCUCACUUCGAGUGGGCUAAGGACAAAAUUCUCAUGGGAGCGGCCAAAAAGAAGAUGGUGAUCACGGACGAGGCGCGUAAAAACACCGCGUAUCACGAGGCAGGACAUGCCAUCAUGGCCAUGUACUCCAAAGGAGCAACUCCAUUAUACAAGGCUACUAUUCUUCCCCGUGGUCGUGCGCUCGGAGUUACAUUUCAAUUGCCCGAAAUGGACAAGGUUGAUAUGACCAAGAGAGAGUGUUUUGCUCGUCUUGAUGUUUGCAUGGGAGGAAAGAUUGCCGAGGAGAUGGUACACGGAAAAGAUAAUGUUACCAGUGGAUGUUCUUCAGACCUAGCCAAUGCCACCAGUGUGGCACGAGCCAUGGUUACUUCGUACGGCAUGAGCGACAAGAUUGGACCGGUACGAUUGAGUGAUAACUGGGACUCGUGGUCGCCCAAUCUUCGAGACAUGGCCGAUAUUGAGAUCCGGGAGUUUUUAAUCGAGUCCGAGGCGCGCACGAGAAAGCUUCUUUCUGAGAAAAGAGUGGAGCUUCAACGGCUUGCGGAGGGACUCAUUGAGUACGAGACAUUAACGAGGGAAGAGAUGGAGAAAUUGGUGCGAGGAGAACCCAUUAACAAGGCCAAAAGUGUCAGCAAUACUGUGAUCAAGACCAAGAGCGGCCGCACCGAUGUGUUGGGGGUGCCUGCCGAGGUAUAG